AUGCCUUCUCUCAACGCCCUCCUCAGUGCCUCAUUGGCCUUUGCAUCCAUCGCCCUCGGCGCCCCCGCCAUUCAGGACAAGCACUUCUCCGUCGAACAAGUCAAGAACCCUCAGUUCGUGAAGAACGGUCCUCUUGCUCUCGCCCACGUCUACGCCAAGUACGGCGUCCCUCUCCCCAAGGGUCUCGAGAAGGCUGUCCAAAAAGUCAAGUCCUCUCACACCAAGCGUCAGAACGGCAGCGGUUCAGUCAUCACCACUCCUCAAGAUGAGGAUAUCGAGUGGUUGACCCCUGUGCAGAUCGGUACCCCUGCCCAGACGCUCAACCUGGACUUUGAUACUGGUUCUUCUGACCUUUGGGUGUUCAGCACCGAGACCUCUGGUAGCAGUGGACACGACGAGUAUAACCCUGCCAAGAGCAGCACUUCCAAGAAGCUCUCUGGUGCUACUUGGUCCAUCAGCUACGGUGAUGGAAGCACCUCUUCCGGAGACGUUUACAAGGACAAGGUCUCUGUUGGAGGCCUCGUUGUCAGCUCCCAGGCUGUAGAGUCUGCCCAGCGUGUCUCUGACCAGUUUGAGCAAGAGACUGGUCUCGACGGCCUCCUCGGUCUCGGAUUCAGCUCCAUCAACACCGUCACACCCACCCAGCAGAAGACCUUCUUCGAUAACGCUGCCUCCAGCCUCCAGUCCGCUGUCUUCACCGCCAACCUGAAGCACCAGAAGCCCGGAACCUACAACUUUGGCUUCAUCGACAGCUCUUCUUACACCGGCAAGAUUGGCUACGCUCCCGUUGAUUCGUCUCAGGGAUUCUGGGAGUUCACCUCCACCGGAUACGCCGUCGGCUCAGCUACUGUCAACAGAAGCCCCAUCACUGGUAUUGCCGAUACCGGUACCACCCUCCUUCUUCUCCCUUCCGCUGUCAACUCAGCCUACUACUCCAAGGUCAGUGGCGCCCGCUACAGCUCUUCUUACGGCGGUUACGUCUUCAGCUGCUCUGCUACGCUGCCCAACUUCAGCUUCGCUGUUGGUGGUGUGACCAUUACCAUCCCCGGUUCUUACAUCAACUACGCUCCUGUCCAGGACGGAUCUUCCACCUGCCUCGGUGGUAUCCAGCCCAGUGAGGAUAUUGGCAUCAACAUCUUUGGUGAUAUUGCUCUGAAGGCUGCCUUUGUUGUCUUUGACGGUGGCAACCAGCAGGUCGGCUGGGCCAAGAAGACCCUGUAA